AUGGGGGAUUACAAAAGGAAAAUCCCCGUCUAUAACGAUUAUGAGAAAAAGAAAGAUCUGUUAAAAUAUUCCUUUUUAAAAGAUGGAGAGGAGGAACAAAGAGUCGUCCAGAAGAAACACGCAACGGAAGAGGUCCAAUUUAUUAUAAAGAAAAGGGAAAACAUGCGGGAUAUCCUGAUCCACCGGCGGGAUUUAAGCAACCGGACGCAGGGGGAUGUACUGACUGAGAGGAAGAACAAACUGAAGGAAGAUAACAGCGAGGGGUACUACGCCCACGAGAAGAAGUUCCCCUUCCUCAUCGACACGACUGUGAAGAAACCAGAUAUAACGAGAUGCAUGCGAGAUGUUCUAAAUAACAUAUAUGAGCAGGAUGAUGUGGAGAAAAUUCGAUUAUCCGAUGACAUUAAAACCAAGGAGGUUUUGCUUGAAAGGAGGAAGGAACUGUUUCUUCAGGAGCUAAGUGGUGGCGAGUUUGUGAACGUCCAUGCAGAGCUGUUUUUAGAUCCACAGAAGGAUUACAUUGACGCAGUAAAGAAUAAGAACAAAAUGUUGACUCUCAAGAAUUACGGGUUGGGACAGUCUCCUUCCGAUUUUGUUUUUUCCUACCCGCACGUUAAGGCCAAAGGAAGAGGUGGAUAUGCCACCGAAAUGGUCAAGUCGAACAUACUGAAAAACAAAAAUGAGGGAAUCACAAAAAGGUUAAACGUGUACAAUGUAGAAGAUUUAUACACAGGAAAAAAUCACGAAAUGAGAGAACAGGCGGGUUCGCAUAGCGGAGACAUCACAACGAAGAGCAGUUCAUAUAAAUUCUUCUUGAUGAAAAACAGACUGAAAUAUAUUAACCACACGCGAAAUAGUCACUUCGUGGAAAAUUAUCUGAAAGAACGGCCGAGAAUUGUUCUGAGGUAUAAAGGAUUUCAAAAAAGGCUAUAA